AUGGAAAAGACAGAAGUCAUAGGCGUGGUGCGUUCAGUUUUGGCGCAGAACAAAGUGCAAUUGAAGAGACCUGGGCCUGGGGGUGCAGGGUCGGUGCAUCGGUUUCAUGGCCAUUGUCUUCGCGUCAGUGGCGCGCAAAUGCUGAGCCGUUUUGGGGUGCGUGUUAGCACCAUCAUGCUUAUUAUCGGACGAUGGGGCAGCAAGGCCAUCGAGCGCUACAUUCAAGAUGCGGAGCUCGAGGGCUUUGACUUGGGUCAAGCUGAUCUCGAUCCGGGUCGGAAGCUAGCCAAGCGCCAGAAGCAUAGUGAGGACGACAGCGUGCAGCGCCAGACGACAGCCCAGAUUGCGGACGUGGAGGUUCGAUUGCAAGAGCUUGCGGCCAAGGUAGAAGCCUUGCAACAGCGUCCGCUGUUGGUGAUCGGCAAAAAGGCGCACAUCAGGGAUUGUGCCGAGGGGUCCAAACUUCCUCGCCUUUGGACGACCAAGUGUGGAUGUUGGAAUUAUGGAGGAUCUGCUUUCCUCCGGGCGGAUGAGCCAGGCGAGAAGUCGCGCUGCCGGCGAUGUUUCCCGCAGGAAGAUGCAUCGGACACGGAGUCCGAGAGUAGCGCAGAGUCUGACAGACCUGAGAGCUCGUCCGCGUCAGGAUCGAGUGAGUGUGACAGUGAGGACUCGCCCGCGUAG